AUGGACCCGUCCCGCGCCGACGCCGGCGGAGGCGGCGGCCAGGGCGACGGCAACGACCCAAUUCUGUGGGAUUGGCAAGGCCGAGAGCAGGGCGAACCCAGCGAUGCAAACCAAGAUGUUGCUAAGUUCGUGUGGGACUGCCUCAACCGGGAUGACGAUGAAGAUGAGCUGAUGGGGCUGCUGGGGAAUCAAACUCCUCUGCGGGACUGCCGCGCCUUCUUUGACAUUGGUGAUUUCACCUGCAAGGAGACGCUGGAUCCGGAGGAGUCUCGUGAGUCGAAGCGGCGGCGCGUCCUGGAGUACCCUUCUGAGUCCAGCCAACCAGAAGUUGGCGAUCACGAGAUGGGUUCUAAUUUUGCCACAUCUGAGAUAACAGAGACGUCAUUGCUUUGCACUGAUGAACUACAGACCUUAAACUGGGAUGUGCAGCACAAUUCAAAUGAUUUAGAUAAGAUGAGUUCCUUGUCAAAUGGAGCACUCUAUGACCCAUCAGAUACUCAGUUGGAAACUUACUCCGAUGGAUCUACUAUGUACUUCACGCCUGAACAAAUGCCCUCUACCCAGGAGAGUGUUACAUAUAUUGAUUGUGAGAGUGAUGUGCCAGGAACAAGUGAGAUUGUACCAGUGACAGAAAGCCUCAUAAUGCAGGAGACUAGGAAACUUUCUACACUCAAAGUAUCUAAAGGAAGCUCGCUGAACUCGCUGAUCAAGGUGAAGCAAAAUAUAACUACAACUAUAGCAUACCCUUUUACUCUUAUCAAACCAUCUUGGGAGGAAGGAGAUGUCACUCUGAAUGAUAUAAAUCAGCGAAUCCAUGCUCCUCCAAAGCCGCCUCCAGAAAACCUGGGAACUUCAGCUUUCUCUGGUAAGCCAGUCAUUGGCAAGACAAGGAUCAGAACUGAGGGUGGCAAAGGCAGCAUCACAAUACUAAGAACGAAGGGCUGAGGACGCCACAAUUUAUUUAACAGCCAAUCCCUCGAUUGCUUUGAGAAUUGGGUCAUCUUGUGCAGGCCUCUAUAGCUUUUCGAUUUUUCCUCGUCACAGUUUUGUGGCUGUGCCAUUUGUACCGAAUUACUGUAGAUUGCUAACUCUUUCUUCAAAGAUUCAGCACUCAUCUGGUGUACUUUAGUGGCAUGCGGCUAAUUAUAUAUAUAUGGAAAUUGAGAGUCAGCUUCUUCUACUGUA